CGCAAUCAAACGUGGUGUAUCUUUGUCAACCCCGCAAGAAAGCACAGGCUCGGGGUCUGGCUAGGCAGCCCGCUGUUCCGCAUUCAUUUCUUAUAUGGAUGAAGAGCUCCAUUAGAUUUGAUUGAUAAGUAAAUUGUUGAGGAUUUCUAAAUUCUAGCUUUCUGUGCGACAGAUAGUAACUCUGGAGUGCCUUCAAACUUGGACUACAUCUUACACUUUUCAUAUUUUGAGAUUAGUGUACUACCUGAUGUUCGCUGCCGCCGUCCACAUGGCUGACUGUUUCGUGUGGGAGGUUUGGAAAACAUGGGUAUGCCCUGGGAUUACCGCUUGGAAGGUCGCGGAUGUUAAAGUGGUGAAAUUAAGCAUACAACGGGGAAGGAAAACUGUGAGUCUGUGCCGCGUUCCGCGCUCGCUCCGGCAACCGAACCUACUGCAUGCAAGCAUGAUGCACACAGUGGGCCGCUUAUAAGGAGGAAAGGAUAAAAAGAAUAUAAAAACAUAAGCUAAGUUUCAUCUUCAGAGUCCUCAAAACAUGUUACUCACACCGCAUCAGCAGAUUAAAUGGCCGAUUAUUACGAACAGACAACUGUUUAGGUUAAACGCACGAGCAGUGGGUACAUCGUCAAGAAGUAAUGUAUGCAGGGCGGUCGAACUUACAGGGGAGGCGUACGAGGACAUUGUUGACCAGCUAGCCCGCAGAGUGCUCUCACGACACUCCGAAAAUUGGAAUUCAGACUUUAAUUCAAACUCAAGUUCAAAUUCAAAUUUAAGUUCCGGGAGGGUAGUUGUGGGCAUCGCCGGUGCUCCCGGCAGCGGCAAGACCACCUUGGCGGCCGCAGUGGCGAACAGAAUCAACCGGCUGAGGCGAGGACAGCCUGCUGGAUGGGGCGAGGAGAAGCCGGGGGCGGUGGCGGGUGGAAGUAGCGGCAGUAGCAGCCAUGCUGCACCGUUUGCUGUGGUGAUGCCGAUGGACGGUUUCCACUUCUACCGGUGGGAACUGGAUGCCAUGCCGGAUCCCGUGGAGGCUCACGCCCGCAGAGGAGCCCCCUGGACCUUCGACGCGGCUAAAUUCGUGGAUGCCGUACGACGUGUACGACUAGCUGCUGGAUGUACUACUAGCAGCAGUACUGGGUCUUUGGGUUCGGACUCUGAAGGCAUGAUGAAGGUGUCUGUUCGUCUUCCCUCCUUCGAUCACGGUGUGGGGGACCCCCGGGAGGGCGACAUCGUGGUGGAGGCGGACACGGCGGUGGUGCUUGUGGAAGGUCGGAGGGGGCCAGCGGGGGUUGGGAGGGCGGGCAACUACCUGUUGCUCGAUCAGGAGCCUUGGCGACAGCUGCGGGAGCUCUUCGACGAGACCUGGUUCGUCAGCUGCCCGCUGGAUCUUGUACGACAGCGCUUGUACGAUAGGCAGACGGGCAUUGGCCUGGCGCCCGAGGUUUCCCUGGAGCGUAUCCGUACCAACGACCUGCCCAACGCGGAGCUGGUGGUGAAACUCGUCUUUCAAGGGCAUCACGGUCUGGCACCAGUCGAUGCGUCCCCAACAAGCAUAUAUGAUAUGAAAUUCACAGAUGGCAACGGCAAAGUCACUGUGCUGGGGCACCUGUUGGGCCUCACGAAGAAAACGGACCGAGAAAAAUUUAACAGGCUUCUCCACGACGGCGGCAGAUUGUGA